UAUUCUCAGGUGUAAUAUCCCACCAACAGAUCAGCUGUCUCUCAGUCUUAACACACGCGAGCACGAGUCGAGCGCAGAGUUUAACAAACAGAAAGUGAUAGAGGUCGGGAAACAGACACUUAUCGCGCCGAAACAGCACACGGACGCGUUUCUCGGGCGUUAAAGAGACUCUGGGACGGGAAACUGGUACGGAUAUAUUUAUAUUAAAUCAGAGUUUUGAGCAAUGCGUUGGCAGCAUGGCCAAAUGGUUCAAGGAGCACCUGGGUUUCAAAACCACCAAAGCCCCACCACCGGCGCCCCCGAAACCGGACUACCGACACUUCCACACCACUGUAUCCAGUUCGCCCGGAUAUCUCCUCCAGCAGCAGCAGCAACAACAGCAGGCGGGCUCCGGGUUCAUGUCCGCUCAGCCCGAUAUUAUCACCGCGUACAAACUCCAGAAGGAGCUCGACUUCGAGGAUCCGUACACGGGAGGCGGAAAUAUUCCCUUCUCUACUGGACUUGGUUCAGUGGGUUCGCCGGACGUCAAGUACGUGUCUCCGAAACACCGGCUUAUAAAGGUGGAGACAGUCGAGAGAAGCGGGUCGAGCUCGGGCAGCAGUAGCGGGGUUACAGCGGUGAAAUCCCCCAGCUCUCCACCUGCCGAACCUGAGAGCAGCGGCGGAGGAAAACAGGAGAAGCUCACAAUCCUAGAGGACUAUGCAGACCCCUUUGAUGCAGCGGACCAGGCGGGCAGCACCCAGACGGUCACAGAGAAGCCAACGGAAAACGACGGCUACAUGGAGCCGUACGAGGCCCAGAUGAUGAUGGCUGAAAUCCGAGGUGGUCGUGGGUCUAAAGACGGUUUAGUUCGGCAGCUACCUCUAUACGACACCCCCUAUGAGGAGAAUGGAGGAGAGCCGGAUGGAGGCCGGUGUUCUCGUGAGAGCAGACUACCGCAGGAUGACGAAAGGCCUCCCGAGGAGUACGACCAGCCCUGGGAGUGGAAAAAAGAGCGGAUAUCUAAAGCCUUUGCAGCUCUGCUUUGUUAUGGCUGCAUUAGUCACGAGGACUCAGCCAGCAGAGGACCAAGCAGCAGAGAUGCCAACAUCUCUAGACCCCUCAAAGUAGAGAUUAAAGUGAUUAAGGAGCUGCCCUGGCCUCCUCCAGUUGGGCAGCUCAACACCAGUCCACCCAUAUUGGAGGGGGUGGAGGCUCCAUCCCAGCCUGCCCAGUCCUCCCCAGGACAUAAUGCCACAGCAACUGGCUGUGACCAGCACCAACACGUGCAGUUUGACGGUGUGGAAAAGUCCAGAAUGUCGCCCACGAAAGACAUGAAGUCCCGUCCACUCCAGAGGCACUCUAGCGGCUGCCUGGUCAACACUAAGAUGAGUUCACUGGAUCACAACGCUGCCGCAGUAGGGGAACGCAUAGACCCCUCCAUGCCUCUGGAAAGCCAGUUCUGGUAUCACGGAGCAAUUAGUCGGACCGAUGCCGAGUCUCUGCUGAGGUUGUGUAAAGAGGCCAGUUAUCUGGUGAGAAACAGCGAGACCAGCAAAAAUGACUACUCCCUGUCACUCAAGAGCAGUCAAGGUUUCAUGCAUAUGAAGCUGUCGCGGACCAAAGAUAAUAAGUAUGUACUGGGCCAGAACAGCUGCCUGUUCGACAGCGUGCCUGAGAUCAUCCACUUUUACUCCAGUCGCAAACUGCCAAUCAAAGGAGCUGAACACAUGUCCCUGCUUUACCCGGUGGCCAUACGGACACUAUAGUAAACAUACGGUGUAAAAUGUACUGUAUCAUUUUACAGCAGGACAGCUACGGCAGCCAUUCAUAAAUGCAUAACAAACAGAACUGCAGAAUGAGGAACACGAUCGUCUUUAUCAUUUUAGGUUUUAUAGGCUUGUUAUAAAACAGAAUGCUUUGGUUAAGCAUUUAUAAAUGGCUGCGUAAGACCAUCAAUAAACUAAAGUGCUACUGAAGUCCCAAAGGCAAAAAGGGAGAUUUCUGGAAAGCUUAAUUCGUCUCGCCCAAGCUCAAUGGACUAAUGGAGCAGAACUGACCACAGUACAGAAGAAAAUGACUUCUCUGCAGCAUUACCUUCUCAAACAUGCCCUUCUCCCUGAUCCCAGACCUGCUCUUAUAGUCUUAGACCUGCACCUCACACUUUAUCAAUAUCAUUUCCUCUACUGUUACAUACUGUAAAAACUUGACAUUGACAUCAUCAUGGAAAUAUUGAUCUGUCUGAAUAUUUGGAUAUUGUCUCACAACUGAUUUGUUACUGUUUUGUUUAUACUGCUUAUUUCUAAAAAAAACAAAAAAAACAUAAAUUAGGGGUUCCCACAGUCCUAGAAAACCUGAAAAAUUUCAUGGAGGUGAAAUCUUAAUGAAUUAUCAUAAUUCUUUUACAUUACACUAGUUAAGGUCUGGUUUAAAAUGUUUAAUUCAUUUAAUUUUUUUUUUUUUUACAAAUUCGUCUAAAUGAUUCAUUUGCAUUUCUGUCUUAGUUUCAAUGAUUCUUAAAUAUGUAUAUGUAGUUAUCCAAAACGACUGAAAAGGUCAUAAAAUUCAUUGGCUAAUAGGUGUGGGAAUCCUUUUAGUUGAUCCAAGACACUUCAAACACAUUCAGGAAAAAAUUGUCAAAAUAUGUACCCUAGCUAUCACCGAAGUUUGCACCUAAAGAGUGCACAUUAGUAUCUCACAUUAGGUACAAAUUGGUACAUAUCUGUACCUAAAUGGGAGGACCUUUUAAAAGGGUACAGCAGGGGUUCAUAUUUUGAUCAUUUGUUUUCUAACAGUGCAGUUUCUUUCAAUGAAAAUAAACAAAAGCAGUCGAAUCCUACGUUAAUUUCCAGAACCUCAUCAUCUGGACUGUCAUAUUGCCUCAAUAUACAAAGCUAGUUGGGUUUGGUAAAAUAUUAAUGAUUGAAUAUCUUAAAACAAUACAGAAAAAGUAAAAAGACUGAAACGAUUGGACAUUUUCCCAGUUAGAUUUACAGUACAAAAACAUUCUGACUGAAUUUUUACUCCGCGCUGUCUUAGUGAAAAUCUGUGACAAAGUUCAUACAGACCCUAAUAACAAGAAUGUGCUAAUAAGAUAAGUAAAGAUUUAUGGAUGAAAAGAGAUGGAUGGUGCCAUUUAAGUUUACUUGGACAGGGCCGGUAUAUCAGAUAAUAUAGAUCUAUGCCACACGUCUUGGUAGUGCAUGGACUGAAUCGCCCUGUGUUUCUCAAGUAUGAAAAAGGACCUUUAAAAAAUAUGAGUCACUUUAUACUCCAUCAGAGUUUAGGAUGAUCUUGAAUAAGGGGAAUGAAAUAUGCCUGUAUAUUGUCUACCUCAGAAAAUCAAUUUCAUUCAUCCAUCCACUGAUCAAUAAGGUACAAUAGCAUUGCAGAUAUGAAUUCAUUUGAUUCUUCCUAAUUUUUUAGUUUUAGCUCCUUCACCUGAACACACAAUCAAAAGCCGUCUGUUUUAACCAUCAUUUCUAUGGAAAGUCACACUGUAAUUUUGUGAUACCCGUGACUUUGUUUGGUUAAUGCCUUAUACUGUAAUGCAUGGUUUAAAAAAGACAAAUCAAACUGAUUUACAACGUUCUGCUCUCAAUGAAUGUUUUGUGGCUGUAAUUUAUUAUGGAGAAAAGAAAUAAUACUAUUACUGAUGUUUUAGUCCUAUAGGCAACUAAGACAAUGAAGAUGUUUUCGGCCAGUGUAUGUGUUUGUAUGUGUGUGAUGCUGGUGUGCCAUAUAUCUGACCUUACUUUUCUUUGAAAUCCCCCCCCCCCAAUCUAAAGACUGACACUUGGUACAAUGUUUGCCAUGGAAACCAUUUAAAACAGACUGACCAAUCAGAUUCAAGCCUUGUCAAUGUAUCUCCAUUUUCCUGGCCCACCCAGUUUUUCUCAUUUGUCAGCACCUAUCAGUUUCUUUGUGUUGUUAUCAGUUUCUGUUUAAACUGUUACACUUAUGAGCACAGUUGUGGUACAGACUUUAAUUAUUUUCCUUUUUUCUUGUGCUUUAUAUAUGAAGUGUGGGUGGAUGCUUGCUGUUUUCAAUGCUGCCACUAAGACUUUAUUUUCCUACAUUUCCUUUUCAAAUGACUUUCUCAUGGACAUAUUGUGUAAAAAUCCUAAAAGGAAUAGUUCACCCCCAAAAUUUGUCAUCAUUCACUUAUUUUGUUCCAAACUGCUAUAAAAUAGUCAAUAUAAUGUACAUCAUAUUUUAAGUCCUCUGAUGGCUUUGUAAGGACCAGGCCAAAUUAUAAAUGAAUUGCUGAAUAACUUGCUGUCCAACAUCAUUCUCAGAUCUUAUCUGUGUACAACAUAAUAGAUAAUACAAAAUGAAACGUCAUACAAGUUUGAAACGUCACAAGAGUGUUUGAUAACAGAAUUUUUUUUUUUUUUUGUGAACUGUUCCUUUAAAUGUUAUUUGCACCAAGUCUGUAUAAAGAUAUAAAAUCUCCCAGACCCACGUUGCACAUCAUUGCAUUAUGCUGAAAUGUGAAACUAUUAAUGCUCUUGAUUGUUAAUCGCCUCUUCCAGUAAUUCCAUAAUUAUUCACACGAACGCGAAAAAACAACAGCUCUCAACUGCUCCAUAUCCAAUUCGCUCGAUCCCAGGGGUUCAAUGAAGAGGAGCAUCAUGCAGUAUAUGUGUCUUUCCCCGGAAAUGCAUUCGUGUUGUAGAGACAGACCCAGAGGAGAGAGCUCUCAGAGACAUGAUGGCUUUUUUAGAUGGGCCGGUGCAGAUGUCUCGCAACAGAAACAUGCUGCCUUAAGCUUUAAAAAGAACGAGUCCUGGACUUUAUGUGUGGUUUUUUUUGGAGGAGAAGGGAAUCAUUUUGGCCUAAAUCAGAGGGAAGAUGAAUGUACAGUAUGUAUGAAAGACCCUCGACUAUUCAUAAAAGCUGUUAGGAGAUGAAUGAGGUGUGUGCACUAUAUGACCCAGAAGAUCAUUUGUGUUUUAUGAAUUAUCGCUUUGCUAACUGUUAAUACAGAUGGCCCCAGAAAGGAUUCGGAGACAUUUGUGACCCUGCCUGUGAAAACCUAGCCCAAGUCUUUUCAAUCAUAUAAUGUAAAUAACUUUCGGUGAAAAUAUAACCUUGAUAUCUUUAAUAUUGACUAAGAUUAAAGUUAAUGAUUUGAUGCAUUGAUGCACAGAAUCUCUAAAAGACUUUAGCUUGGCUUUCACAGACAGUGUCACCUUUUUGUGUUAAAAAAAAAAAAUCAAGAGUCAUUAUAAAGAUGGCACAAGCAAAGUGUCAUUCCACAAAAAAUAUAUUUGGUAAAUACAUUUGCUGCUUAAAAUGCAAGCAUGCAAUAUCCAUCUCCUGGUUAGCAUAUGUUAGUGGAAUAUAUCCGUAAAUCAAAAGACUUCAUAUAUUUUUUACUGUGCACUAAGUUAAAAUCAAUACUUGUAAAAUUAUUUGUUAGUUAUUUUGCUAAUUUGAUCUUUUGCUAUUUAAUUUCAUUUUCAUGCGAGUCUCCAAGAAAGUCUGAAUAUUAUCUGAAGAGAUUGUAGGUUAACAUUUCUAUUUAUUGCAGGCAAAGAGACAAGUGAUCAGACAUUUUAAGACAGAUGUUUAGAAAAGAGAGAUUAAGAAGAAACCAAAAGGAAAUGGGAAGCCAUGAAACACUGAAAGAUUCAGAAAGUUGAAUGAAGGACAGAAGAUUAAAAUUAAUGGGUAGAAGACCAAGAGAGAUAGAUAUGAGGGAGGAGAGACCAAAUCUCUGUUGGUUUCAUUGUUUGUCAGCCUACAUGCUUCAUUUCCACUUCACACAGUCUCUAGAUCUGCUUCGGUAUUUCUCAAUGCGUGUUGACAAGCAUCCUAACAAAGAAGAUGUGUGAAUGUGUUUGUGUGCUGCCAGUUUCCAUUGACCCAACCGAGUCUGUAUCAGGCUCCUCUGUGUGUGUGUGUGUGUGUGUGUGUGUGUGUGUGUGUGUGUGUGUGUGUGUGUGUCUUCUGCUGUACCUGUUGUGUCUUAGGUGGUUUUAUUUUUAUAUGUUUGAGAUUUGUGUGAUCUGCUUAAAAUGGUGUACAUUUUCUUCCCGUGUAUGCACUAACAUGACAUCUGUACAGAACCUCUUCGCCAAAUGUAUAUACUGAAUGUAAUGUUUAGGGACGUAGAGGCUUUGAAAUUCUGACAAAUAAAGUUUAUUGGUCUAACUUA